AAAAAACAAAAAAGAAAAUUAAUCGUGCGUUCUCGACUUCUCUCCCUCCUCUCUUCUCAGAUUCACCAUUACCCACCCACAAACAAAAACCCUAAAACCCAGUUUCCCACGGCCACCCUCGCCGGCGUCUCCCGCCAGUCGCCACCCCUCUCUGCUGGACGCUACUUCUGUUGUCGUGAACCGUUGAACGUGAAAUCGAGGCCACCAGGCCCAUCAACGCCGACGGCCCACCAUCAAACCAACCAACCUUCAAUUAAAUUUAGCCUCAACCGAGCAGCCGCCGACAGCACCGGCUAACCAACAGUCGCACUAGCCCUAGCGGCGCCUGAAGCUAGCCACGCCCUCCUGAGCAACUACACGAAGCAUUCAUCCUUCACCAUUAUCUUCUCCUCCAUAUUAAGUUUACAGCUCUUGAUCAGGUUGUCUCAGAGUUACGGCUUAGCAAAUCCUUAUAACAUUGCAGUCAUGUCGGGGGCAGAUUUAGAGAACAUGCUUUUGGAGGCAGCAGGAAGAACAGGUGCAUCCAGGAGAAAAAACAACUCACAUCCACCUUCUAAAAGGCGGCACAAGGGUUCAUAUUCUGACAAUGGAAGUGAUUCAAAGGAUGAUAACUCUGAUGAUAACCAUGGACAUGCAAAUAGAAAGUUAUCUGGGUCUCAAGUUCCUUUGAAGAAAAGAUCAAAAAAAGAUGAUGGUCAAGGAAGUGAUGAUGAUAUGGGUAACAAAGAUUGGACAUCUGAUCGUGAAGCUUACAGCAGUGAUGAUUCUGACACUGGAAGUGACCUAUACAAGGAUGAAGAUGAUAGGGAAGAGCUCUCGAAGUUGACAGAGCUUGAGAGGGAAAUGAUUCUGUCCGAUAGGGCCGCAAAGAGAGACGAUAAAAAAUUGCACAAACAGAUGCGAUCAAGAUUGAUCAGUGAGAAAAAGACCCAGUCUAUAAAACACAUGUCACCUCCUACUGCUUCUCGCGGUGUGCGUUCUUCUGCUAGAUCUGCUGACCGUGCAGCAGCCAAGGCUGAUGCCUUAAAAGAGUUGAAAGCGAGACGAAUGAAGCGGGAUCCUGAGGGGAAGCUGGGAUCAAUCAGUGAACAUCACGUUUCCCGGGAAUACUCUCCAAAGAAGAGGAAAGGCGUUGGUGUUCUUAGCUCAGGGAGUUCUAGUGAGAGUGAAAAUGGAAGUGACUCCCAAAGUGAUGAUGAAGGAUCAACCAGAAGUGGAGGAAUGGAUUAUAGCGAUGAAGAGAGAGACAAGACCAGCUCCAACCUUCCUACAUACGAACAAAUAAAGAGCAUCACUAUCAUGAGGUCAAAAUUGGCAAAGUGGUUCAUGGAACCAUUUUUCGAGAAGUUGAUUAUUGGUUGCUUUGUCAGGGUGGGUAUCGGAAUGAAGGAUGGUCAAAGUAUUUACAGGUUAUGUAUGGUUCAAAAUGUUGAUGCAUCUGAUCCAAACAAAAGGUACCAGCUCCAGAAUAAGACUACCCACAAGUAUCUGAAUUGUGUGUGGGGCAGUGAUCGUUCUGCUGCACGGUGGCAGAUGGCUCGGAUAUCUGACGCUCCACCUACUUUGGAAGAGUUUAAUGAGUGGAGACGAGAGGUGGAACGAUCUGGUGGCCGAAUGCCACACAGUAGUGAAGUUCAGGAGAAGGAGGAGGCUAUCAGUAAAAUAAAUAGUUUUGUUUACUCAGCUGAGACCGUUAAACAAAUGUUGCAGGAAAAGAAAUCAAUCUCAGCCAGACCGAUGAACAUUGCAGCUGAAAAGGAAAAGCUGAGGAGAGAGUUGGACGUUGCAGUGUACAGAGGGGAAGUAGCCGAGGUUGAAAGAAUCAAAGCCAGGUUACAAGAACUUGAAAAAGCUCGACAAGGCCAAGAAAGGGAUUUGAAGGCCCUUAAGCUUGCAGAGAUGAACAAAAAGAACCGAGCUGAGAACUUUCGAGUUUCCUCUAUGAGAGCAGUAGACCGAAGUUUGAAUCCCGGAGAUGCUGGCUAUGAUCCUUUUUCUAGACGGUGGACUAGGUCUACAAACUACUUUGCGGCAAUCAAGGAAGACAAGACUGCAUCGACGGAGGAAGCUGCUAAAGGAGGUGGAGUUACUGAUGGCGAUAGUAGUGAUCCCAAGGCUAGUGCAAAUGCCGGGUUUACUGCUACAGCUGAAGCUUUGGAGGCUGCAGCUGGAGCAGGCAAAUUAGUCGAUACAAGAGCACCAGUAGACAAGGGAACGGAGUCAAACACACUACAUGAUUUUGAUCUACCUAUUUCACUGAAGCUACUAAAUAGGUUUGGAGGUGUCUAUGGAGCGACAACCGCUUUUUUGGCCAGAAAACAAAAGAUUGAGGCGAGUAUAGGUUGCCAAGUUCCAGUAGAUGAUGGGAGAACACAUGCAAUGACUCUUUCAGUUGGUGACUAUAAGAGAAGGAGAGGAUUGCUUUGAGAAGUGAAAAUUCUUUUUUCCCUACUGUUUUUUCAAUAUACUUCUAUGUACUGUAGGUCAUAGGUAAUUAAUGUAGGAGUAAGUUUUUAGACGCUGCUAGUUCAAAAUUUCCCUUUUUCCAAAAUUGAGGAUUAUGCAGGACUCAGGUGCAUAUUAACUUGUUUAUAACACAACACAAGUACAUAUUAACAGGUUAAAGGACAUGAGGUAUAAAGCUACCAGUAUUUAAUAGAUUUCAAAUCACAAAUGAUAAACCCUAAAACACCAUUAUGAAUAAAACAAACUAUAUAAACCUAAGUUUACUUGUUAAUAACACUACACGAGUUCAUAUUAAUAAAUUUGAAGAUAAGAGGGACAAAGCUAAAUCAUGCAUAAAACAAACUCUAAACCCUAAUUUACUUGUUAAUAAGACAACACUUGUUCGUAUUUAAAAAUUAAAAAAUAAGAAGUACAGAGCUAUGUGCAUUUAAACAAAUUUCGAAUCACAAAUGACAAACCCUACAACACCAAUCAUGCAUAAAACAAACCCUAAACCCUAAUUUAUUUUUCAUAACACAAGUACAUAUUAACGGAUUAAAAGACAUGAGGUAGAAGGCUACAAGCAUUUACAGAAUCCAAAUCAGAAACGACAAAACUUAAAACUCCAAUCAUUCAUAAAACAAACAACAAACCCUAAUUUACUUGUUAAUAACACAACACAAGUAGAUAUUAACAAAUUAAAAGACACGUGGUACAUAGCUACCAGUAUUUAUAAAGAUAUCAAAUCACAAAUGACAAACUCUAAAACACCAAUCAUGAAUCAAAUAAACUAUAAACCUCAAUUACUUGUUAAUAAUACAAUACGAGUUCAUAUUAAGAAAUUAGAAGAUAUGAGGUACAAAGCUACAAGCAUUUUAAAAGAUCUCAAAGCACAAAUAACUAACCGUAAAAUACCAAUCGUGUAUAAAACAAACCCUCAACCCUAAUUUAUUUAUCCCAACACAAGGGUCACAGUCGAUUAAAAGUCGUUUAACAAAUUUAAGGACACAACUAGAGCUUACCCCAUCAUCCUUGGAUGCCAAUUGAGCCCUUUUCUUUUCAAGUUGAUCCUUUCGGAUUUGGGUUGAUGACCUGGAGGCGUCUUUUCAGGCAUAACCAUUUAUAGACCUUUUUUUGCAAAAGGAAAACCGAUUGGUUAAAUACAAAACAAGUCACAGGAUCAUAGAGGCGGCAUUAAAGUGUCGAUCAGGUGGUCUACGUAUGUCUACUAAAAAGGCACUAAGGCCACAAACAGAGAGGUAAGCCUCAUCCAUGAGCCAGUCCAGACAGGGUACCCAAUUCUUGGAACAAUUUUUUCAGAGCCAUCAUCCAGAGGCAUGGUGGUCCUCUUGGAAAAUUCCGAUUCUCUUAUUUGUGCCCAAGCCUCCUCAGGAACACGCGGAAGGGCACACUAUUUCCCCAAGAGAGUCGACUCCUUAUUGUAAUGAUAAAGGAGACAAUUUAAACGUUUGGAUGGGGAGGAAACAAAUAAGAACUUGCUUUUCAGUUACUCCAAUUAGACGGAGGAUUGUAGUAUUCUAUGUCAGCUGUCAGAGUCCUCCAAAAUAUCAUCACUUGGAGGAUUGUAGUAUUCUAUGUCAGCCGACGCCUCAACUGAGCCGUUUGAUCUAUAAUGUGGGUCAAUUGUCGUCCGCUUCGUUCGAGCCAUAAUGUCCUGCACAUGCACAGAGACGGUUAGAUUCGAGAAGAGCAAGGGUAGUCCAAACACCCCCAGGUGGCACCCUUAGUCCUAGACUCAGCCGUACUAGGAGACCGACUGACUACUGUUCUAGACUGUGGCAUGUAUGUGGUGGGUGAAUUCAUUAUUCAAUACAAUUUAUAUAUAGACGGUAAAAAGCUCGAAAGAGUUGCAAAUGGGAGAGACGGUACCUCGAAGAUGUUUUUGAAAGAGAGGUAAAGCGUUGACCAACGGUAAUAAGCUGAUGAAAAUCAAUCAGCUGCUUGAGAGAUACACAAACGGUUGACUAGAUGUACCCACUUGAAAGCAAGUGGAUUUGCUGGAAAGGUAUCGAGACAGUUCUUGGCAGUUCUUGGCUGAGGAGGGGGAGGAUGAAGUGGCGGAGGGGGAGGAUGAAGUGGCUGAGGAGGGUGAGGGUGUGGCAGUUGAAGAGGGUGAGGGUGUAACGGUCGAAGAGGAUGUGGCUGAAGUGGGCUAGGAGGGUGUAAUUUGGGAUGGGGAUGAUUUCUUUACUUGUUGUUUUUAUAACCCAUUUUCCGCCGUUUUUGGUUCCAAUGUGAUUGAUAAUCUUACUGUUUUGAAUGAUUUUCCAAAGUUUAUCAACAGCGAUGAAAGUGAUUUUUACAAGGGAGUUUUUUCAUUAGCUUUUGGGUAUAAAAAUCACAAAUCUGUAGAACUGAGAUAUCUGCCCAAUUAUAGGUCUUGGAAUGCAUACAAAUUAACAAGAGAAUCAUUAGCAAUUGUAUAAGCACUUGUUAAUUGUAUUCUUGAUCAUAUAAUUAGUGAUAAGCCUCAUGGAGGAUUGAAUGAUUUUAGAAAUUAUAAGAAUUCUCAGUUCGUUGAAAACCAUGUCGGUUCCAAAAAAGUUAAAUUUUAGGUGGAAUUGAUAAAUCCAAGGUGCAGUUGGAUUAAGCCAAGACAUGGAGGAUUUUAUAAAUGUUUUAGACAAGUUAUUCGAGGGUGGUACUCUCGAUGCUGAGUUGCUAGAGUUGCCUAAAAUGUUACGAUCUACCCUAAUCAAUGCUAAAGGUUGGGUGGCGUUAGUUUUACGCAAUCAUCCGGCGUUAUGGGAUGCGGAGGAAAGGGUUGCAUUUUAUGUCAACCUUUAUAACCGGUAUGUCAAUGAUGACUUGAUGAAGGCAGAGUUAACUAGUUGUUUCAAAGCUGCAUUCCAUUUUCAUUUAGGCGUUCCGUUAUCUUGGCAAGCCAAGAUAUCCCGGGGUUCUGUGUUUGAUCACAUUUUGAGAUAUCCAACUGUCCAAGACGCUAGCGAUUCUAUCAAGUAUAUCGAUGCCAAAGCAAUAGAAAUGCUGAAAUUUAUUAGAAAUGUCUUUCAUCACUAUCGUCACGCCUCGGGAGGAAAUUAUUUGGAACUCUGACAUGUCGAAUGGGUGUUGUCAGAGAUAUUUUGUGAAAUCCUACUGAACAUAUAUUGUAGAAUGUGCAUGUUCAACACGUUUGUAAACUCUUAGUCGACAAGUACUUUAUAAUUUAUCCUAAUAUUUAGUGAAAAUGAUACUUUUGUACCUGUUUGCUUGAUUGAUUCCUAUAUCACAAUUGUUUUUCUGAUAAAUGUGUAGAUAUUUUAUAGCCAUCCACUGUUUUUCUGACAAAUUUGUGGAUAUUUUAUAGCUAUCCCAAGUUUCUCAUUUAACCAAAUCUCCAAGGAGGAAAAUGUUGUUUGCACUUUGCAGUAGUAAGUCAUUGAGGAGAUUUUGAUUUUGUUCUUAAAGAUGGCUGGCUGCAUGGGGCAGCUGUAUUUGGUGUGCCUGUCAAAGCUACAAUCAAGGAGGUUAUCAAGUGAUUAUGUGACUAGCCUUUUCUUUUCAUGCACGUCCUUGAUAGAAUCCACUGUAUUUAAUUUUGAUGCUAGAUCUGGAAUUCUGAAGCAAGAAUGUUGUUUCAAAUUAUUUCUCAUCAGAACUAAUAACCCUGGACAUUUCUUAUGCCUAAAACUAUUCUUUGACAUUUGUAGUUCUGUUUGCAUUCUUUAUUGAUAUCCAGUGACUUUCCGUAUUGAUGUAAAUAGCAGACAGUCUUAAUUUAGAAGACCCUUUGAUGAUUAGAGCUAUUACAAGUCACUUGCCCAAUAUUCCUUCAGUUCAGCAAUCAACAACAACAGAUUUAACACACUCUUAACUGGUUGGUGAAUUGUGAUGAUCAAUUUCCUUUGAUGUCCGCUCUUGUUGUGAAAACUCUUUGGGAAAUGCAAACUCCUCAGGUUGUGUGUGCAGCUACUGUUGGUUUUAGUUUGGUGCUUGUUGCUGCUGCUGCUGCUGUGUUAGAGUGCAGCAGACAGCUUGGGAAGGGUGGUGUUUUCUGGUGUUGUUGCGUUGUUGAUGUUUGGUUGUGCAGCAGCAGGUGUUUUUCUGCUGGUGACUUGCUGCUGUUAGUUGUGGUGCCAGUGGGGAAGGUGAAGAGGAAAGCUCAACAGAAAAUAUUAGGAGCUUAAGUCAGAGAUAUCGGUCUAUCUUUUUGGAUGAGUUGAUUGGGCAAAAUAUUGUAGUCCAGUCCCGUAUGAAUUUUAUAUCAAAGGGAAGACUUGCCCCUGUUUAUCUGUUCCAAGGUCCUCGUGGAACUGGAAAAACAUCAUCAGCAAAAAUAUUUGCAGCUGCAUUGAACUGUUUGGCCACUGAAGGAACAAAACCCUGUGGAAUCUUUAGGGAUUGUUCUGAUUAUAUCUCUGGCAGGAGUAAGGGUUUAGUGGAGGUUGAUGGCUCAAAUAAAAAGGCUGUUGACCGAGUGCGACAUAUUUUGAAAAGCUUGUUGGCUACACCCUCAUCAGCUUCCCAACGGUACAAAAUUUUGUUAAUUGAUGAAUCCCACAUGCUCCCAUCUAAGACUUGGUCAGUGUUUCUGAAGUUUCUUGAAGACCCACUGCCUCGAGUUGUAUUCAUAUUUGUUACUACUGAUCUUGAAAAUGUACCACGCACUGUGCUGUCAUGAUGUAAGAAGUAUCUCUUCAACAAAAUUAAAGAUGGUGAUAUUGUUAGUAGACUAAGAAAUAUAGCAGCUGAAGAGAAUCUCGAGGUUGAUUCUGAUGCCUUGGAUUUGAUUGCUUUAAAAGCUGAUGGCUCACUUCGAGAUGCAGAAACUAUGCUAGACCAGUUGAGUUUGCUUGGGAAACGAAUUACCACUGCUCAUGUAAAUGAACUUGUAAGUUUACUGUCUUGCAUUCCUUACUGAUUUGUCUGCAUUAUCUUUUAAAACUAUACGUCUAAUAGCUAGGGUACAUGAGGUGUUUUUUCAAUAUGACUAUAUAUCAGACCAGAAUCAAGGCAUGAGGGUUCUUUUGAAUUUAAGGUUUAUUUAUUUAUUUCUUUAUUUUUGUUGACGUUUCAUGCUACAAGUGGGAGUUAUUUCAGAUGAUUAACUACAGGAAGUCUUGGAGUUGGCUAUGUCAUCCAAUAGUGCAGAGACAUUUGAAAGAGCUAGAGGGUUGAUGGAUUCUGGGAUUGAUCCAUCAGUGUUGAUGUCUCUACUGACAGUCUUAUAAUGGACAUCAUUGCUGGGUCUUACCAACUCGCAGAUGCCAAGUAUAGUAACUCCUCGUUAAGUGGAAGAAGUUGUGAGUGCUGACUACCGGGCUCUUAAGUCCUUGUAUUUCUUAUUCUAUAAACAUUUGUCAUUAUCGUUUAAUGUUUUGGGUGAUUCUCUUGCAUAGCUAAUAAUUUGUUAUUCUUUGUAGAUUUGCAUUGGUAGUUUUGUUGUAUAUAUAUUCAUAUCAUUUAUUGGCGGCAAGUAUUUUAUGUUUUUUUUAAUUGUCUGAGAUUCUGAAACACAAGAAAACACUGAUGCUAUGAUCCAUUUGUUAAUUGUCAUAUUAGCUUAAACAAAGUAUAACAGAGUGUCAGAAUUUCUCACUCUAUUGAGCUUGUAAAAUUUUAUGCGUGCAUCUACUUAUCAUCAAAUAUAAGACGUCCCCAACAUGUUCUUGAAAAUUGAUUUAAUGAAAUUCAGUUUGGUUUUUAUACACCAACAUUAAAAGUUUCAUGAUUGCAUCAAUUUCUGAUGUUUUGUCAGAAAAUAUUACAUUUUGAGAUAUUCAACUGUCUAAAACAUUAGCGAUUCUAUCAAGUAUAGCGAUGCCAAUAAGGUAAACAUGCUGAUAUUUGGCCUCGGGAGGAUAUUAUUUAGAACUCUGACAAGUUGAAUUGAAGUUAUCCGAGAUAUUUAGUGAAUUUUCUUCCUGAACAUAUAUGGUGGGAUGUGCAUUUUCCACACGUUCUUAAACUCUUAAUCGACAACUACUUUUUAAUUUAUCCUAAUAUUUAGUCUGAGUGAUUUUUUUGAACCUGUUUGUUUGAUUGAUUCUUAUAUUCUGACAAAUGUGAAUAUAUUUUAUAGCUAUGACAAAUGUAUGGAUAUUUUAUAGUUAUCCCAAAUCCCUUAUAUCACCAAAUUCUAAUUACUUGGAAAUACAAUUUUUAUCCUCAGUCGUUGUAAUAGCUUUAAGGUAAAUGUUAUUAACGACCUUAACUGGUAUUGUGUAAAGACUUUUUAUGCCAUUAAUAUUCAUGUGACUUUACUAUUAUUUCGUCUAUUGUAAACUCAAUUUAAUUAAUGUAAUUUCCUCACCCUAUAUGUUAAUGGGAUGGUCUCUCUCUUUGUUCCAUCUUUGGAGCUUGAUAGCAACUUAUUGUGCAACUACAUAGCUAUUAACUUGUAUGAGUAAUAAUCAGAAAAUGAAUACACUGCCAUCAACUGGUAUAACCAUAUAAGUAACAAUCAACAAAUGAAAAUAAUGAAAAGUAGGAAGGUGUUGGGGUAUCAGUAAUUGGUCGCCGAGUGUGUUGAGCAGCUAACUCGCAGUUUCAAGCCUGUUUUUAAGCUAAUCAAGAAGAGGAUAGAGGAUUUGAUUACAAGAGAUUACAUUGAAAGGGACAUGGAUGAUCCUCAAUUGUUCCGGUACGUAGCCCGAGUAAAUAAUAAAUAUGCUCGUCUUCCACAAGAUGAUGCGUGCGCUCUUCGCAAACAAAUUUUUGGUCCAUCUCAGUAAUCAGAUCAGCAUCUCAACAAAGGCAACAAAUUUUUUGAUGGGCGCUUCUUGAUCACUAUCUUCUUUUGCUAUUUAUUACAAUGUUAAACUCUAGAUGAGUUUCUGCCCCUUUAUGCUAUACACAACUCUGUGUUUGUGGCUUGAAUAUUGUUUGAUUUUUGAUUUUUUGAACAAGGCAACAUUCAGAUUAAUACUCCUAUAAAUUAAUUUACACAGAAAUAUAGAAUCAAUUGUAAUUUGCAAUUAUUAAUUACUUGAAGGUUAAUAAGAUGGAAAAUGUUGUGUGACUUCAUUUGUUUAUAGGUGGUUUCAAGUUUAACAGUUUAACAACAGCUUUUACAGUUGAUUGAUCUGUUCUUUUUCUUGAAUUUGUUGUAGGAUUGGAUUGUCCAGUAUGAUCCUCCCGAUGAUCCAAAGAUAUUCCUUGUGGUGUGCAAGCACAGUAGUGGCAGCAGAACUGCCCGCCACUUGUUGAGUAUUAUCACAGAUAUAAGAUCUACAUCCUUUGGAAUGUGAGGUACACAGAAGUAGAACAACAUUAUGGGGAUGGUCUAUGCAGAUGUAGCACAAAGCCUCAUCCCAUUCCUUUUGCACAUCACACACAUCUGCAUCCAGGGGCAUGCUUCUUUUCUUACCAAUUUAUCUUGUAUGCACUAAUCGCUAAGAACUCAUCAGGACAAUUUUCUGAAACUAAGGAAAUCAGAAAAGUUUAAGGGAAAAUAGAUCUUGAGAAGGGCAGGCAGAUGUUGACACCUUCAUAAUUUUGAAAACGGGAACCAAAAUAAGUAACAAAAGUACAUGAGAAGUCUCAACCAUGUCGAAGUCUUAAUCCCAAUAAAAGCAAGCUUCAACUCAGCACUAAAAAAACAUAAAAAAAAAAAAGGAAAGUCAAAAUCCAAGGAGAAGGCUACUAUCAAACAUGAUAGACAUAGCACGACUAAGAAGUCCAGAAUGAUCAUGGAAUAUGCUAGCAUACAUAGAAAUCUAGAAAUAGGGAUUAGAUGAAGCUAUCUGCAACAAAUUUAUGUAGCCUAAAAUCAAAGCUUGAUAAAUUGACUUGCAGAAAGUCCAGAUCUAUUGAUGAGAAAAGGAAGAGCGGGAAGAGAAUCCUGAGACAACUAUGUAUGAUGAUUGAAAGUUAUCUACCAAAGAAGAUCUUGAACGACUUAACCUGACUAACUUAGUUGGAAUCAAUCUUUUUAUAGCUACUUUGCAUGGAUAUAUCAUAAAUCAUAAACUAUAUAAAAAGGUCAGCAAGUUUCAUCUAUUUCCAAUAUAUAUUGAUUUUUUUUUCUGCUCAAGUUUAAUUUUCAUGUGUUAGGGGUUCUAAUGUAAAGGUUAAUUUCAUUUCAUGAUAUUUGUUGUUUAUAUACUAUUACUUUCUAUGUAGAAUGUUGAAGGGGAAUUCAAACAGAAUAUAUAUAGUCACUUUAAAUGGUUAAACAAACAAUCAAAGAUAUACUUCUAAUUUAUUAGGUUUGUCUAAUAUCGGUUCAGAUAAUAUUUUGAGGCUUCAAGCCAUGAAAGGAACACUGUUAAGUAGCCUUGUAGACUGUAGUUGUGCUAAAUACUUAAGUUAUUGCAUUUUUUUUGGUAAAAAUUUAAUUUUGUUUGUAAAUGAUGAUGCUAAUUGGUGGGGAUACCAAUAUCUGGCCUUUGCAUGAUUUUACUUAUUAAUCAUUAUUCAACAUGAUCAUUGGGGUCAGUUCACACUGUCUAUAAUUUUGAAUGUGGUGAAGCUAAUUCUUGAUGAUUAUAGAACUAAUUAAAAUUGGUCUAAACCGCAUAUCAAACCAAAUAAAAUCGUAAUUUUAGUAUUUGGUCUAAACUACAAAUCAAACCGAACUAAAUUGUCAACCUUACUAUAUUUAUUACAGUUUGAUAGUAAAUGCUAGCACCUACAAAGCUACUACCCAUCAUUGCACUCCUAUGUUUUAGCUGAUUGGUCAAGAAAAUUGUGUUUUUGCGAAAAUAGAUAACAAUGCACUAGAGUGCCUUAGGCUCUGAAUAUCUGGUGUCUUGACUUUUUUUGUGAUUUGCACAAUUUGAAUCAAAUGAGAGGUUUAUUUUAAUCUAAGCUAAAGGAAUUAGUUGGACUCUUCUACUAUUUUUUUUUCCUUGCUUAGCUAUGGAAAUCUAUCCCUUAAUUUCGGUCGAAGCUUGGCUGUACAAAAUGAUAUGAUACCUUCUUUGAGUUAAGUUCGGUCGAGACUAACACAUUUCGGUCGAGACUAACUAACUUUGACCGAGACGGAUGCAAUUCGGUUAAAAUGCUGCUGCACCCAAGUCUCUGAUGUUGGCCGAAUGAAGCUUCGACCGAAACUCAUCUCAGCUUCGACCAAGCUAUGACCUGCUGCCUUCCGUUUUUCUCUUCGAUUCUCCUACUUGCAGUAUAUAUAAAGAAAGUCAAUUUUCAGUUUUUGGAGGGAGGAGGUUACCAUUUUUCAUGGAUGAUUAGUGAUUUCUCAUCUCUUAUCAACUAUGAAGUUUCAAUUUUGUGAUGGAAUUUUCUUUUAUUUUUGGGGAAUUGUAAGUGGUUUAUUAAUUUAGGAUAACGUUUGUCAUUUAGUUUAUGAAAUGUAGUUUCUGCAAGCUUAUAAAUUAUAAGCAUAUACUUGGUCUUUUUCUUAUCUGCUCAUUUGGGUUUUAUGAAAACAUCAAGUGAGUUUAUGGCAAUGCCAAAGUAUAUAUUUGUUUGAUUAUUUUUUCGAUCUCAUCAUAACAGCAACGUCCACAAUAGUCAUAUACUGCUCAACCACUACCCGUUUAAACAACUUAGCAAUCCAUCAAUAAUGGUGUCCACAUGCUCACGUUAAAUAACACACCAACCAUCUUCAAUAGAUCACAUCCCAUUCCAACCCAUCCACCAGCUCUUUGCACCAAUGGCACAUCAACAAUACAUUGACACCCCAACAUACACCCACAGUCCUUACAUCCUUCAUACCUUUGCAACACAUUGAUAUUCCAAUUUUUUUAAAGACUUAAUAUUGUUCAUUUGCAGGUUUUGCUGUGAAAAUGGGUUCUGAUUGUGAAAUUAUUGAGCGAAAUCAGGUAAUGACGACCAAAUUGGUCCUUCAUGCUAAGGUUGGACAGUUUAAGGGUUUUAUACUGAUGAAAAUGUCAAGGUAUUAUAUGGUCUUCAUUGCAGCAAACAUCCUUCUAUAUAUCGCAUCUGCAUAAAUUUUAGCUCUUUCUCUCCUAUUUUGCCUCUAAAAUUCAUCCCACUGUUGUUAAUCUUCAUAAAGGUCUCAAUUACAAAGAUGAUUCCCUAAUUUAUUUUUAAAGAAUCACUGUUAUGGUCUCUGAUUUGUUCUUCAUUAUAUAUAUAUAUUGAGUAUUACUUGACAUUUGGAUUCAACAAAGAGGAGAUUGAUAUGGUUUUUGGUUGCCUGGAUUGAUGAUUGUUGAUCAUAUGCAUUUUCAGUAUAAUGAGUUUUUGUAGGUUUGUUAUGUUUUAAGCAUUUGUUAGCUGUUGUUGCGCUUAAUUAUUUCGUGUAUUUGUUGCGGCAUUAUUGUAGAGGAGGGUUAAUUAAAGGUUUUUGGAAGGCUGAAAUGUGAGUUUCAUUUUGCUUUAUUUUUGUGAUUUAGAGUGAUUUUUAGAUCAUAAUAUAUUGCUCCUUCUGAAUGUUGAUGAUUUGGUGUGAGUUAAUUGCUUUUUUAAUCUUGUUGCUUGUUAAGAUCCCAUUAUUUUCUUUGUAUUUGUUUCUGCUAGGCAAGAACCUCAUGUUGUUGAGUGUUGGCAGCUUAACCUUCCAACAAAUUGGUUUUGUGCUCUUCCUUUUGUGGAUUUUUUGAUGUUGGUUUGUAUUUUCUUGCACUAUAUUUAUGAAAUUUCAUUCAUAAUUGCAAAUGCCCAAAUUUAAUUGAAGUGUUAACUUUAUUUUUAAUUUUCAUAGCUUGGUGAUGCUUUUAGAUAUGGAAGAUACAAUUUUUGAAAUUACUUCUUCCCACAAGAUAUGUUAGAAAACUUUAGCUUAGUUAUGGUAAAAUAACGUAUUCUUUUCUUCAUAUUUUCCUUUUUCAUGUUGCAUUUUGUUACAUCAAUAUGUUUUGUGGUCGAGGACUAUUGUCUAAUGAUUAUAUUGAUUCAUAUUGUUUUGUUCUUUUCAUCAAUGUCAUGGGGCUGUAGUCACUUGUAGGAGUAACAAAUAGUACUUGAGCAUGGUUGUUUUGCUAUUAAUUAAGAUUCUAAACAGAAUCAAGAAAGUAAAUCCAUUACCAGUUGUUCACUUUCUUAAAUCAAUAACCAUUUUUAUUACAAGAAGCAAACCAAUAUCGCACAUUUGCCUCUGCUCCACCCCCGGUAAUAAUGGAUCUUUCAUCUCCCUUGUUUGUCAUUUUUGCAUCAUAAUGCAACAUAGCCAUAUAAUCCCAUUGAUCUGUUCAUGACUUAUCAUUGAUAACUUAACAGGGAUGUACAAGCAAGAAACAUACUACUUGAUGAUAAAUUCAAAGUAAAAUUUGGCAGCCUAAGUGAGGUCUAUGUACAAGGAGAUACUCAAUGAAGAGUCAUUACAAUAUUGUUGUGGUUGCCAAAGUAAGUAGCUGAUUUAUAUUGUCACACAUAUUCAGAGUGCCCAUGUUUUAGUGUUUUGGAACCUUUAAGUAUAUACACAAAAUUGCAAUGCAUUCACUGAUUCACAUCUAUUUGGAAAUUUUUAAGUUUGGGAUGAUCAACAAAUUGGGAUUUUGUGUUCUUUGAAAAUCUUGACAGUUCGACUUUGUUUUUUGUUCUUUUACUCCUAUUACAAUAUACUGAUGUUGUUUUAUUUAAUAUUUGCAUGAUCCCUGAACAAGGGCAUUCAGGUAUGUAGAACGAAUUUAAAAUUUAUCAACAUUUUGUUUUUGAUAAGAAAAUUUGUCAAUAGUGGUUUCUAAUGAUUUUGGUGGAGGUUUCUGAAUGACUUUUCUCCUGGUUUGUUUUACUUUUGUUUUUUGAUGAUAUUUUUGUCGUUGAAUUUGGCUUUUUGGUGUGUUGUUUGUUUAUUGAUGGAUUAAUGUUUGUAUGUAAGGUUUGUGAUUUUAUUUGCUGAAGAAAUCCACUUAACUCUAAAGAGUCAAGUAUUUUUGCCUAUUUAACUCCUUAUGUUUAAUUGAUUGUUUGUUGUAUGCGUUUCUUGAGUGUUCUUCUAAUUUCUCGCUAAUGAACUUGGAUUCAAAGAUUUUUUUUGAAAAUUUCGAUGUAUAUAAUAAAAGGAAAAGAAAAAACAAAACACUGUAAAAGCCGAGACAAGGCCAACCAAACAACAUUGGAGUGGACUAUGCUGAGGUGCAAACGCAAACAUACACCAAAAAACCAUCAACAUCAAAACACCAUCUCAAUACAAAAACGAUACAAAACAAC